AGCAUCUACUCGUUCAGGUAAAAAUUAUCUUAAAUCAUUGCUUUUUUUAUGUUUUUUUUUUUAUUAAAGAGGUAAUCAUGGUGAAAGUCGAACCAUCAUUAUCAGAAACUAAAUUUUAUUCUGAUACUUGUGAAUGUGAUAAGAAAAAUAUGAAUUCAAAUGGUAAGAUGAAAUUUCUCGCUGCAAAUAUUUGUUCUUUCUUUUCAUUGUAUUUAUUUUUGUUUGUUCCGAUUGUACUUUAGAUACCAAUGUCUAACAUAUGGGAGCUAGUCAAACUUAUUAUACACCAGUGGAACUCUUAUUAACACUAGAAAGAAAGAUUUAGUGAAAGUAGCUGUAGUUAAUGAAUCAAGUUUUGACUGUUCAACCGAAUUUUUGAUCUGCAAGUGUUCAUAGACAUAACUCUAAUGACGCUCGGAAUAAUCUGAAAGUUUCAGCUAAAAAACGAAAUGUUCAUUUAUCGAGAUAUUGCAUUUUCGAAGUAAAUUUGAUUUUGACCAGUGUCAAUUCUUUAAAAAAUUUACUAUCUUGAUGAAUGAACAUAUUUUUUUGUCUAUAGAUUUUAGGCUUAUCAUUAAAUAGAUGAAUGAAUGAAAUUUGGUUCAUACAUUUUUGAAUAAAUACUAAAAGAUGAGUCCAAAAUUCACUAAAUCGAUUCAUGGACAUGAUCACUUUUAAGUUUUAUUAGACUCCUACAGAAUCUUAGUUAUUGGCAUCAUAUCAAUUUAAAUGAUGCAUUCAGUUCAUAUAAUUCGAUCGUAAGAUAAAACAGUCUUGAAAAUAUAAGUUUUUUUUUUUGUAUAUUUAGAUGUAGAAACAGAAUUGAAAAUCUCCAAAGAUGAUGAAUAUUCAAUGGAUAUUGAUCGUGAUUUUAUUGAUAUUGUUUCAUUUGAUGAAUCAACGAAAUCUGUUAUGGAUCAACAUGUAAACGAAAAACAAGAGAAACAUAAACCAAAAACAUUCAUAGAAGUUUUUGGUAAAUGCCCAUUAACAUUUGAUGGAGCAUAUGGUCUUACUAAAGCAAAUCAUUCUGUUAAAUUGUGUGAGCAAAGAAGAACUCGUCGAAUCGAAUUAUAUCGUCAUUUUACACAAACGCAUCUAUUAAAACAAGUUUAUGCUCAACGUUUGGCAGAAGCUGUUGAUGAUAAUCAAAAUCCUAGGCUACUAAAAUUAUUUGAUGAAAAUGAAGAUGUAAUUGAUCAUUUUAUAAAAGUCCCAUGUCCUUUUUUUUAUGAACGAAUUAAUUCAUCAGAAUAUACUCGACGAAAUGCAGCCAUUCCAUCAUGUCGACAUCGUUUAGUUGAACUUAAUAAAUUAAAACGUCAUUUACGACUUUAUCAUAAUAUUUCUACUUCAUUGGCACGAAACAUAGUUGAUGAUUUCAAUGAAAGUCGAAUAAAAAAUAAUAUAGCUUGUCCUCCAUUAAAUUCAUCAACAUGA